UUAGAUUUGUAAGCAAAGGAGAAACGCAGAUAGAGCGAGCGAGGGAGAGAGAGUUUAAGAAGAUAGAGAGAAAUGGCUACCCGUCUGAGUCACCCUCUUCGUCACCAUUUAUUAGAUCCAAAUCAUCGUACUAAUAAACCUCUUCGGGUUCGCAAAUUCUCAAUUAAGAAUGAAAAAUUAGAACCAGUUGAACCACACAAGAUGGUAAUGAAAGUAAAACAAACUCUUGAGAAAGAUUACAAAAAUCUCCCAGUUGGAAGGAAUGGAAGAGAUGACGAAGAGAUGAUUCUUUGGUUUCUCAAAGAUAGAAAAUUUGACAUUGAGGAAUCUGUUUCAAAAUUGACUAAAGCCAUUAAAUGGCGUCAAGAGUUUAAAGUUUCAGAAUUGUCGGAGGAGUCUGUGGAGAGACUAGCUCGAACUGGGAAAGCCUUUGUGCAUGACUGUCUUGAUGUCAAUGGCAUGCCGGUACUUGUGGUUGUGGCUUCUAAGCAUUUUCCUGAUAAGGAAGAUCAAAUUGAGAAUGAGAAGCUUUGUGUUUUUCUGAUUGAGAAGGCAUUAAGUAGACUCCCAGAUGGGAAAGAAGAAAUACUUGGAAUAUUUGACUUCCGGGGAUUUGGCACAGAGAAUUCUGACUUUGAAUUUUUGAGGUUUCUGUUUGAUGUGUUCUACUAUUACUAUCCAAAGCGGUUGGGACAGGUUCUGUUUGUGGAUACCCCCUUCUUGUUUUUUCCGCUUUGGCAGCUAAUCAAGCCCCUAUUAAGAUCAUAUGCUUCUCUUGUGAGAUUUUGCUCUGCUGAUACGGUACGGAAGGAAUACUUCACUGAAACGACAGUACCAACAAACUUCAGAGACUAGUUAAGCAAUCUACACACAUGACAUUCUUAAGGAAAGAUGCAACCUCGGCCUUCGAGGUCCAUUGAAUUACUGGGAGUUCAUCAAGGGAGGCAUGUCCGAGUAUAAAAUCGUCCUGUGCAGCUUCAUGGAAAAACUUGCAACUGCAAUAUGAUGGCAGAAAAGAAUCCAUAUUGAUGUCCGCAAGAUAAAAUUAUAUUCCUAAAGGUAUAGAGUUAGAAAAAGUGUCCAACAUUGUUCCUGUUUUUUUUUCUUUUUUUUUUUCAAUUGGACUCAACUUUGUUUUUGUGUUUUGUAAGGCAAUAAGAAUAAAAGAGGCUAUUAGAUGAAUCUUAA